AUGUCGCAAGGGAAAAGAGUCGACUUGACGACUUUGCCGCCAGAACAAAUCGUCGAGUUUAACAGACAGGUGCGGUCGGAGAUAUCCCAUCUGGAGAACUCUAUGAGAGCUUUAUACACGGCCAAAGCCAAGUUUGGUGAGUGUAUCUCGAGUGUUGACAAAGUGGUCGAUUCCAAAGGCCAGCAGAUGUUAGUGCCGUUGACCUCUUCGCUAUACGUUCCAGGAAAGGUCAAGGAGGACAAAAAGUUCCUUGUGGAUGUGGGAACCGGAUAUUUUGUUGAAAAAGAUGCCAAGGAUGCUAAGUCAUUUUUCUCAGCCAGAAUCCAAAAGUUGGAGAGCGACGCCCAGGAAUUGAACAAACUGCUAGUUGAGAAGGACCAGCUGAGUAGGAGGAUCAACGACAUUCUAAGGCAGAAGAUCAUGGACCAAGAGAAUGCUAAUGUUGCCUCGUGA